CAUUAAUGCCCUCCCGUGGUCAAUCUCUAGCCAGCCAGCCAGCCAGCCUCCCCCCGCGCCCCGUCUCAAGCGACGCACUCUACGUAGGGGUAUACCCAAGGUCGUCGACGGGACGGAGGGGUAUUAAUGGCGGCGUAGGCUCCCCUCAGCUACCGCCCGCAGCGCACCGCAGCGUAGCUCACCCUCACCUCACUCACCUGCCCUCCGUCCUCUCCCCUGCCCACGCCAUGAACGCUCACACCGAGCUGCUGCUGAGCUCCCGGGCUUAAAUGCUCCGCAGAGCCGCCCAUGCCCGUCCGCCCGUCGCUCUCGCCCGAUCCGAUGCCGCAUUAUUGCGUCUGCAUGCGCGCCACCACCCCCACCAGCCACCUCUCUCAGAGCUGAGCUGAGCUCGCGCCACCACGAUAAAUACCACUGCGCCCCGCGGCCGCGGCCAGCUCGUCUGCACGCGCUCCAUCCCGUAGCUAGUACCACUACCACGACAUUCCGACAAGAGCUGUCUUGUCAAUGGCGACCCGGCGUGGAGUGGCGGGCGGCGGCGGCGUUGUGGGCGCCGUGGCGAGCGUCCUCGUGCUGUGGCUGGCGGCUGGAGCCGCUGCCGGCCUGGUCGCCGCCGACCCUGGCGCGGAGCAGCGGGCGCGGGACCGGGUGGAGGCGCUGCCGGGGCAGCCGGCGGUGGCGUUCGCGCAGUACUCCGGGUACGUGACGGUGAGCGAGCGGCACGGGCGCGCGCUCUUCUACUGGCUCACCGAGGCCGCCGGCGGCGACCAGGCCAGCAAGCCCCUCGUCCUCUGGCUUAACGGCGGACCUGGGUGCUCCUCUGUGGCUUACGGCGCGUCCGAGGAGAUCGGCCCGUUCCGGAUCAAGCCCAACGGGACGGGGCUCUACCUCAACAAGUACUCAUGGAACAGAGAGGCGAACCUUCUCUUCCUGGAGUCCCCGGCCGGCGUCGGCUUCUCCUACUCCAACACCUCCUCCGAUCUCAAGACCUCCGGCGACGAGAGGACCGCGCAAGACUCGCUGCAGUUCUUGAUCAGCUGGAUGUCGCGGUUCCCGCAGUACCGGCACCGGGAUUUCUACAUCGCCGGAGAAAGCUACGCCGGCCACUACGUGCCCCAGUUGGCGAGGAAGAUCGUCGAGUACAACAAGGCUUCGCCGAGCCCCUUCAUCAACCUAAAGGGAAUCCUUGUGGGGAACGCGGUGACCGACAACUACUACGACAACAUCGGCACGGUGACCUACUGGUGGACGCACGCCAUGAUCUCCGACAGCACCUACCGGGCCAUCCUCAAGCUCUGCAACUUCACCAGCGCCAACGUCUCGAACGCCUGCAACCGCGCCAUGAGCUACGCCAUGAACCACGAGUUCGGGGACAUCGACCAGUACAGCAUCUACACGCCCUCCUGCCACGCCACCUCCGACUCGUCUGCGGCAUCCGGCAACUCCACUGCACCCCGCAGGCACCGCCGUGCCGUGCUCAGGUUCAAGGACACCCUCAUCCGCCGGAGGUCCAACAGCUACGACCCCUGCACCGAGACCUACGCCGAGAAGUACUACAACCGGCUCGACGUGCAGAGGGCCAUGCACGCCAACACCACCAGGAUCCCCUACAGAUGGACAGCCUGCAGUGAUGUGCUCAUCAAGACAUGGAACGACUCCGAGUUGUCGAUGCUGCCGACCUACAGGAUGCUGAUCAAGGCUGGGAUCAGGAUAUGGGUGUUCAGCGGCGACACGGAUUCGGUUGUCCCGGUGACAGCGACGAGGUUUUCGCUCAGCCACCUUGGUCUCAAGACUAAGAUCCGCUGGUACCCAUGGUACUCAGCCGGUCAGGUAGGAGGGUGGUCUGAGGUGUAUGAAGGACUGACAUUUGCGUCGGUGAGAGGCGCAGGGCAUGAGGUACCAUUGUUCCAGCCAAGGAGGGCCUUCAGGAUGUUCGUAUCAUUCCUGGCUGGGAAGCCAUUGCCCAAAUCCUGAAGGUUCGUGCCUGCCAUGGACUGCUGAUGUGCAGCGUGAUGCCUAGCUAAAGGUCUGAAACUGUGUAAGAUGGAUGGAGAGAGUGAUGUAGAGUGCUUGCAAGUAGUAGAAAAUAACUAGUACUAGUUCAUAGGUGACGAGUGAUUGAUUUGGUCUGGGGAAAAGGAUGAGAGGAGAAUAAGGGUGAUUAUGCCAUGGAAACCAUGGGCAUUUGCAGCAACGAGCAAAUAAACUUGAAGGCUCUAUUCUUGA